AUGUUCAGUGUGAGCUCUGGUGCUCAUCCACUCAUGGAAGCCACUGAAAUGUUGGCUGAACAAAACGUUCCGGUGCCCCCCGUGGCCCGCAACUCGUCGUCGUCGCAAAUACAUAUACACCACCAUCAUCACUAUCACCGAAGGAAUGCCAGCGAUGGUGGACCAUCGCAAGUGAUGUUAAACGCGAGUUCCAAGUCCUUGCAAACGUACAGAUCCAUCAAAUUGCUGACUUUGAACAAUCUGGACUCCAAACAACAUUUUUUCAUAGCGAUUUGUCGCGACGUUUCCUUGCUUCCCCCAUUGCUAUCUUUUGCACAUUCACUAAAAAAGGCAUGGUCCCUAUCGUAUAAGACCAGUGCUGCGCUAUAUCCUCUAGAGGAUAGUUCGGUGUCGCUUUCCGCGACUUUCAAAAUGAUGUGGCAGGCCUACAAAGUGUCGAAAACGCAGGCGUUUUCGGCUGACACGAAUUUACCCUUACAACUCAGCAAAGCCCGCUCUUCGGAGUAUUUGCUUUGUUCCCUGUGGUGUUUGGUUGCGAUGUAUUUGACGUAUUCAAUUUUGGAAGCCCUAAUGGUUCGGUGGAUAGUGAAGUAUUCGACAGCGGCGGCCAUUCUCAGGAUGUUUUCCAUGUCUUUGCUCCUUAUAACUUUGGAAAUGCUUUUGUUGUCAUCGCUUUCGCCGAAGGGAGAUUACUAUUUGCACACUUGGAUCUUGAUCAGCUGUAUCUUGACAGGUGCUUACAUUUCGCAAAGUUUCCUGACGUCGAAUUUUGACUACUUGGAGGGGAAAGACAAAGACUUCACCGACGCUGCAACCCGAAACCCUACGACGAAUUCUCAACCCACCGAAUCCAUGGACACUGCGUGUUCAAGUCCUUCAUCCGAAGAUUUACUGACAAUGCCGUCGAGGAAAAGAAAAAAGAGCAGUAACGCCCUACUUUUCCAUGGCAAGCGUCAGAUGCAUCUUUACAAUAUAACUGUAUUCUGCGUGGUCCCGGUGGGAGUGGCAAGCUUCGUGACAAUGAUUGGGCUUCUGAGAAACCUGGUAAUUCAAAGACUUGACGUCGAACAGCUUGAAGCUAUAAUUGAGGCGGCGUUAUAG